CAUGGGUAACCCACUGCGGCUAACGCAGAGCUGGGUCUCCGCCGAUGGGCCUCCCCGCUCGACUCAGCCGCCGCUUGUGCGGUUUCGCAGUGCUUUGCCUGUGCCUGCGCGCAUCAUCCUGCAACCAAGACGUUGCGCCGAUCGAGCCUCUGCCCGCGAGCGCGAGGUCACUGCAGUGCUUCGAGGACGGCCAGGUGUACGGGUGCUGCGAGGGCGCGUACCGGCUGGACCCGUCGGGGAUCAUCGGCGUGCCGCUGGGGGCGGUGGACUACUACUGCGGCGGGGCGUGCGUGGUGGAGACGGAGGACGUGCUCAACUGCGUGGCCAGCGCGCUGGACGGCUUCAGGUUCCACAACGGCGCAUCCGUGGAGGACGCGCGCUACGCCCUCAGGAGGGGGUGCAGCCACACCAUCAAAAGAGGGGACUUCAACGCUUUGGAGCCACCCAUGGGCGACUACCCGGACAUCUACGGUGACUACCGCGGCGACGGCCGCAGGGCUACAGCUCCUCGCAACAUCAACAUGCUCGCGUUUCUCGGUGCCGCGUGGCUGCUGCUCAUUCAAGGUCGCUGAAGAUAUAGGUGGCAGUUCACUUCUCUCACAUAAUAGUAGAGGAGCAGCAGUUUCGUUUUGGCUCUAACGUCACGAGCAGAUGCUAUCUUAUGGAUACACUUUUUUGGUAUAAGAUUUGUAUAGGCAGGGCCGUCUCCAUGAAUUCGGGGCCCGAUGCAAAAUGCAAAAUAAAGCCUAAAAUAUAGCUAGAAUGUAUAACUAGACAUAUUUUUACUUAAUCAUAUAGCUUUCAAUA